AUGCAAUCUUUAUCUUUAUUUCAAUACUUCUGGUUUGACUCCCUCACUUGUUUUUAUAGCACUACUCUCUUUCCACUCUCCUCCUUGUUUGGUGCCGUCUCUUUUAUCAUUCACCCUUUCUAUUCGAAUGUCUCUCUUUCUUUCUCCUCUCCUCGUUUGGUACCACAUCUUUUCUCAUUAAUCACAUCUAUUCAAUACUCUUACGUAUUCCAGAGCCUCCUCCUCUUUCUUCUUUUCAUACUUCCUUUAUCUAUUUUUCUCUCUCUCUCUUAUCGAAGUUAUCUCUGGUCUCUCUUUCACCCCUUCUAUUCAGUUCUCUCGUUUACUCCCAAAUAUUCUCCUUCUUUCUUUUUAUACUUUCUUUAUCACAAAUGUAAAUUCCCUUUCACUUUCUCUCUCCUCUUUCCUAUAUAUAUCUUUUAUUUUACCCCUCGGUUUCUUUGUGUCAGUGUCUCUGCCUUUAACUUUUGUUUGAUCUCUAAAGAUUUGUAUUUGACAAUCAUUCGAUUAAUAUUAAAUCCUAGAUUUUGGAAUCAUGAAGCCAAAUGUAGAAGACUUGUAGUGUUUCUGGCUGACGUCCGUAAACACACCAUGCGUGAUGCUUUGUGCCUGACAAGAGACGCUUUCCAUAGACUGUAUUAG